UGUAAAUGUAGAUCAACAACCAAGUUCUAGAACUUUAAAGGGCUUGAGUUUCCUCCGCGUGCACUUCCUCUCUCAGAGUUUUAUGUUGAGGGUACCACGCAGUCAUUGGUACCACGCCGCUCGAUAAAACGUUUUGCUCUUUUGAGACCCCUCCUGUAGAGAUGCUUACUGGCUCAAGUCUAGUGGCAGCAGCCUCAGUAACACGUCCCCUUGGAGACUAGCAGGAGCAACACGUGAUGCUUCUUACUUAUCAGGUUUAGGGGAGAGGAGAGAGCAGCGCUUUGGGGACGGCCAGAGAGGAAAGCGAAAUAAGUGUUUUCCUCUCGUCUCUCAACUCUUUCUUCCUCUUUAGGAAUUUGGAAGAAAGAGAGGGGAACAAAGUUGUCUAACUUUGCACAUCCUCAGUAACGCCAUUUUGAUUCCUCUCCGGAACAACUUUGCAGCUUCUUUUUUUUUCUUAGCCCAUCAUCACCAUUCACCAUCAUCAGUAUGUCUCGGCGCAAGCAGCCCAACCCCAACAAAGUCGAACUGUGAUCAGUGGGUGCUGACACUCGAGGUGGGCAGGCAGGCCGUCGUCUCCCCCCCAGCCCUGAGCUCCGAGCCCAGACACCUUUUUGCCCUGGUCUCUCGAGGUGAUGGAGAGCACGCUUCCGGGGGGAGGAGUGAGCGUCGAGCUGAGCGCUGGAGAGACCGAGCACUCGGAGGAGCAGGAGACCCCUGACUCCAUACACACACAGGACAAACACACAGGGAGUAACGGAGCGAUGGAGGAAGAGGAGGAGGAAGGCAUGGCUGGAGAAAAUGGAGAGAAUAUGACAGAGGAGGAAGGUGUGGACUUGUCAUCAAUCAACACCAUGUUGUCGACGGUGAUGAAUGCAGGCCAGCUCAACGGAGCCCUGGAGCCUUCCACACCCUCCACCCCCAUCAGCAAGACCACCCUGCCCAGACCCCCUAGUGUCAACCGCAACGCCCGGAGGAACACCACGGAAGCCAAAGACUUCAGUACAGAUUUCAUCUGUCCCCUGUGUGACAAGGACUGUAUGACCCAGCACCAGCUCACUAUGCACAUCCGACAGCACAACUCGGACAACGGGGCUACGGACCAUUCAUGCAGCAUCUGUGGCAAGGCCCUGAGCUCAGCCAGCUCGCUGGACCGCCACAUGCUAGUGCACAGCGGAGAGAGGCCCUACAAGUGCUCCUUCUGCGGACAGACCUUCACCACCAACGGCAACAUGCACAGACAUAUGAAGAUCCAUGACAAAGACCCGGCUGGCGUCGUUCCCACCAGCCCCCCCCUGCCCACCAAGAGACGCCGCCCCUCCGCCAAGAGGAGGUCAGCCAUGGACGAGGACAAGGAGCGAAGCGACGAACCGGACAAAAAAAAGGUGCUAGAGGAGAGUGUGUUGGAGAAGUUGGGUUCAGGCCAGGGGGAUGAUGAGGUGUUGCCGUGCCCGAUCUGCUUCAAGACCUUUGGCUGCAAGUACGACCUGGAAGUCCACAUGGACACACACCCCGACACCACGCUCAGGUGUGACCUGUGCUGCCUCUCCUUCCGGACCCACCGCGGCCUGCUGCGGCACAACGCUGGCAUCCACAAGCAGCUGCCCAUAGACCCCGUCGGACAGCCCUUCAUCCAGAACAACCCCUCCAUCCCCUCUGGCUUCAACGACCUGGCCUUCAUUGACUUCUCCUGCCACAAGUUUCCCCACAUCGCCCAGGUCUGGUGUGAGACCAACCUCCGCCGGUGCACCAGCAAGUUCCACCGCUUCGUGUGUGAAGCCUGCGACAAAGGAUUCCCCUUGCUCUCGGCCCUGGUCCUGCACAAGACCACCAUUCAUCAGCAGCAGCCGUCACCCAAAGGGAGCGCCCAGGAGCCCCCCGCAGCCCAGGAGAAGCCGGCAACCCCGGCCCCUCAGCAGGCCAGCUUCCUGGAGACCCUGGGUCUGCAGCACAUCUCCCAGGUCAAGCUUCAGCCUUCGGAGGAUGAGGUCCGGCAAGCCCAGCUGGACAGCAUCCGGGUCAUCCAGGUGGAGCCUCUGGCCUCCACCUUGCCCCAGGAGGUCGAUUCCGCGGCUGCGGAAUCCCUCGGCGGCCUCGGCUUGGUGGCGGCCUCGUCCCUGCAGGGCCUGUCCCAGAGGGAGGCCCUCAGGCUGCUCUCCCUGCAGCCUUUCCCCACAGGCUUCCUCUUCCACCCAGGUGGUGGUUCUACGAUGAAGCCUGUGUGUGGCGAGGCUGGCCUGAUGGAGCUGGCUGACAUCCAGCAGAUCCUGAAGGUGGCCUCGACCGCCCCCGGUCAGAUGGGCCUCCUGCCGUCCCUGGCCAAGGCUCCCCACUGGGGAGUGUCCAGCCAGGGCCAGGCGGCUGGCUGCAAGCUCAUGCCCCCACUGAAGCCAAAGCCCAUGGUGGCACCACGCUCCAGCCUGGCCGCCUCCACGCUGCCGCCGCUCCAGAGCACCCAGCAGGCCUCCCUGGGCUGCAUCAGCCCCAGCCUGCCCCCACCGGCCAGCCAGCUGCUCAAUAUGCCCCAAGAGUCUUCGUCAUCGUCCUCCUCUUCCUCGGGCAGCCAAGCCUCCCUGGAGAAGAUGCAGAUGGAGGCAGACUGCAUGGGCGAUGCCCAUAUGCCCAACGACUCGAUAGAGCUGCAAAUCAAACAAGAGGAGGGCCAGGCGGCCGGAGGGAAGAAGGGGGCAGGGGGUUCCAACCGCGGCGGCAUCAAGGCUUCCUACCCCUGCCGCUUUUGCGAUCAGGUGUUUGUUUACUCCGGGGUGCUGCAGGCGCACAUGCGCUUCCACCUGGGCAUCCUGCCGCACCAGUGCAACAUCUGCGACUACGUGGCGCCCGACAAGGCCACCCUUAUCCGCCACCUGCGCACGCACAGCGGCGAGCGCCCCUACGUUUGCCGCGUCUGCCACUACCCUUUCACCGUCAAGGCCAACUGCGAGCGCCACCUGCGCAAGAAGCACAUGAAGAACACAAGGAAAGAGAUCGAGAAGAACAUCAAGUACGUCUCGUCGACCACAACCCAGGAUCCCUUGGAGCUGGCCUCCGCCGGCGACACCGCCUGCCGUUUCUGUGGUGAGGAUCUAAAGAGCUACCGGGCUCUCCAGAUCCACCUACGCACCCAUAACGGCUGCCAGCGCAAGCCCUUUGAGUGCCGGCGGUGCGGGGCAGCUUUCUUGGCCAAGAGGAACUGCAUCCACCACAUGCUCAAGCAACAUCCCGAGGUGCAGGAGCGGGAGAUCGAGGAGCACAUUGCCACCCUUCUCCCCGCCAUCACAGCCACCACCUCCAGGGCCAGCUCCAGCAGCCCUCUGGCUCUCAAUGGCCUUAUGCCCACCCCCAGUGCCACCAUGCAGCCGGUCAAGGUGGAAGAUUUCAGCAUCUACUCCUCCUCCGGUGACUUGGAUCAGCCAUUGGACUUCUCCAAUAAGAGCCGCGGGGGGGGUGGAACCAGCAGCGGUUCAGGGAGCCUAGCCGGAUCUCCUGGGAUCAAACUGGAGACGGUCAGCCUGAUAGCCUACGACUGCUCCAUGGAACCUAUUGACUUGUCCAUCCCCAAGAACCCCAACAAGAGGCUGAAGAGAGACGCUACAGCUGUUGACACAAUGAGCGUGGAGCGCCGAGAAAUCAAAAAGGAGCUGCCCUUCCCCAGUGUACUGGACCACCUCCCCUCAGCAAUUCAGCUGGACAAGAGCUAUGAGGAGAAUCUGAAGACCCCCCAGUCUGGCUCUUACCAGCCCCCCCCAGUGACCAUCUCCCCGCUUCUCAUUAGUACCCCUACUGCCACAGGCCGGGCGCUCCGUCUCAAGCCCCUGCUGCCCAAACCGACCUCUUCUUCCUCCUCCCUGAAAGAGCUUCCCCCUCUGGCUUCCAUCGCCCAGAUCAUCUCCUCCGUCUCAACGGCUCCAGAUUUGCUCAAGAGGGAGCCCACGCCGGAUAACAAGGCUGGCGCCGGCCUCAACGGCCUUCAGACAGAACCGGAGCGUUUAGUUGGGGGCGACAACAGCUCUGAAGCCUCGAUGGAAGAGCUCCCCCUAGAGGGCUCAUCCAGAAAGCGCACUAGGAAGAAGCCAGCGAGCCAGGCCAAGACUAUAGCACCUGCCCGUGUGCCCACGCCUGAGCAAAACACAGACAGCGGCAUGGACCUGGAGUCCAGUGGGGAGUUUGCCAGCGUGGAGAAGAUGCUAGCCACCACCGACGCUAACAAGUUCAGCACCUACCUGCGGACGGGUGCGGUGGAGCUUGGAAGGAGGGACGAGGGGAGACAGAGCCAGGGAGAGGAGAAAGAGUCGCCUCCUCAUUCUGUGCCUCCCCAGUCCAAAGGAGGGAAGAAGAAUGCCUACUCCAACUCAGUGCAGAAGAUGACCUGUCCCUUCUGCCCCCGGGUCUUCCCCUGGGCCAGCUCCCUGCAGAGGCACAUGCUCACACACACUGUCUUCUCUAAUGUGCUGUCGGCUACAGGUCAGAAGCCCUUCCCCUGUCCCAAAUGUGACGCCUUCUUCUCCACCAAGUCCAACUGUGAGCGUCACCUGCUGCGCAAGCAUGGCGUGACAAACCGCUCGCUGCGCCGCAACGGCCAAAUGUCCAAGAACAAGGAUGGCGAUGAGGGAUCACACGACAGCGCAGAGAGUUCUGAGAAUGAGCAGACUGCAGGAGAGGCUCUGGACCUGAGCAGCAUGGACCCCGAUCAGAAAAGCUCUGCAUCCGAGUCGCCCAGCGCAGACCAAACACCAGACACUGCUGAGCUGCUGCUAGGGGAGAUGGAACCACAAUCCAACAACAACAACAUUGAAAAUGACGACAACGACGAUUCGCAGAGCAACAAGAGCUUGGACCUCAACUUCGCCAGCAAGCUCAUCGACUUCAAGUUCUCGUCAGAAGGCCAGCAGCCCCAGACCUCCCUGGUUGGAGAUAAGGGGGUGGCGGUGGCCGAGCCAGAUAGAGUGACGGCCGCCCAGCAGCAGGACCAAGAGCCCUCCAAGUACACCUGCAAGAGGUGCAAGAAAAACUUCCGCUAUGCCGCCACCCUGGCUCGCCACGAGAAGGCACACUUGUGUGAGACUGCACCCCCCGAAGAGGCUUGUGGAACAGAGGAGACUGGGCCUGCCCCAGAGGAUCUCCCCAACACUACUACAACCACCGCCGAGGAGGAGGAUCAGGAGGAGGGAGAGGGAGAGAAGGAGGCUCCGGAAAGCGAGGGAGUGGGCAGCGUGAUGGACAGUGGUUCAGAGGAGGAGGAGAAGAAGGAGGAGAGAAGUGACGAGGAGGGAGCAGCAGAACCAAAGAAUGAAGGAGAGGCAGGCAGAGGGUCGGGGAGCAAGGCGGACAAGAGGAAGAAGAUCUGUAAUGUGUGCAGCAAACGCUUCUGGUCACUGCAGGAUCUGACAAGACACAUGCGUUCGCACACAGGUGAGAGGCCCUACAAGUGCCAGACGUGCGAACGCACCUUCACCCUUAAGCACAGCCUGGUGAGGCACCAGCGGAUCCACCUGAAGCCGCGGGGCAGCGAGGGGGCAGAUGGAGCUGAUGCCAACGGGGCAGAGGCCCCGGCCGGAGACUCAGCUAGUGAGGAGGGAGAGUGCACCCCCACCAGCACCUGCCCCCCUUCCGAAAACGAGAGCGAAGGCACCGGAGGGGCCAGGGAGGAGGGAGGCGAGGGAACUGAGAAAGAGGCCCCUCUGCCAGGCCCCACAUCCCUGGCCCAGUCCCUGUCCACCACUGAACCAGCCCAGUCAGAGUCAGCUACAGAGGCCAUAGCUGAGCCGCUCGUUGAGCCAGUCUCGGAAGCAGUCUCUGAAUCAGUUCCUGACCCACCUGUAGAACAAACCUCAGACGGACCCUCUGAAACAGAUGUAGAACUAAACGCUGAGGUAUCAGCCUCUGAAAUGGCUAGAGAAACAGAUGGCAAUGCAGCCACUCAAACGCCAACAGAAACCCCCAAAGAAUCUUCCACAGAGUCCCCAGCCCCACAGCCCACUACCCCAGAGAAAGACCCCGAUGGCCCCUCGGAAGGCUUCAUCCAAGGCCUACUGGAGAUCCACACCAAGCCUUCCCUGGAGCACAUCCUUCCCGCUGGCGAGGCUCCCUUGGUGGGCGUUGAGUGAGGGAGGCACCCUCCUUCCUACCCCCAGUCUCUGGUUCUCUUUAUGCAGUGGACCGCUGUAUGUGCCGCAGUGCCAUAAGAUAGAAGUACUCCUAAAGAAUGCAAGACGAUGAAAUCAAGAAGAAACACCUUGUUUCUAAGUGCCUUACUACUUCUAUUUUGUUAGUUUUUUUGCUAUAUCUUUAUCUACAUUUAUCUACCGAGGAUCUAAUUUUUUAUAGCGUUUUAUGAUGAUUACAUAAUUGUUUUUGGAUUCUAUGAGAUGAACUUUGAAUAAGCAAUAAAUGAAAUCAAAUUUACCAUGACCGAUUUAUAUUAAAUGAUCAAGUGUGUGACAGACAAAAAUAACUGUUAUUGUAUAUUUAAACCACAGUCGUACCUUAAAAACAAUGCUGAGAAAAGACUUGAGUUCCCCAGCAGUGGGGAUUAAGUCACUCAUGUAACUGGAAGCACAGCAGAUACCCGCCAGGCUGUCACAAAGGUGUCCUGAAAAAAGACUUGAUUUACUCUCUCUCUCAUGAUCCCUGAUAACCAACAUCAACAGUCUCUCUGUUUGUAUUGAGAAUACAUGAAUGAACUGUGACAUGAUUUUGGUGUUAGGAGGCAAAUCAAAGAAAACAGACCUGACAAUGGAUAGCGUACCAUAUCUGAGAUCUAUGCUGUUGCGUUCCCCUAGGCUCUCUUUAUCUUUAUCUUUAUCUUGAUAUGGGCAAUAUUUGCCUGAAACGUGUGUUAUUUCCCCGAAUCAUUCUCAUUUAAUUUCAUGUGCGUUGACCAUGUUGCAUGUGGGAGUGUUGUGUGUGUGUGUGUGUGUGUGUGUGUGUGUUAUUCGUUCAGGAGAGGUUGGGGGAUAUAAGGUGUUUGAGGAAAUGUACUUUUCCAGAACAAAAGGGCUUGGUAUGUGUACCCCCCCAUAUCUCUCACUCACUUUCUAGCGUUCCUAGAUACUUGUACUGUGUCUGUACUACCACCCGUGUGUCCAGCGUGUGUUGUGUCCACCUCCUCCUUGGUGGCAACUCAUUUCCUUGCCGCUACUUUAGAUGUCUUCCAGAACCAACCGUCACUGUGUUCUUAAAGGCCUACCUGUGGUUCUGCUGGGUUAUUUUGAUGCAGAACCUCACCUCGUGCGCUAGGUGGAACACUACUCUGUUUUGUCUACUUGAACUUUUGUAGCCCUUCUGCCUCCCAUUCAGGCAGCCACCUUCCACCACACCACUCGCCCCCCCUUCCCCCUCAAGAGCAUCUUUUCCGAGGUGGGACUCAAAUGUCAAUCAUGUCACCUUGUGGGGUUGAAUUUUGUCUAAAUGUAUGUGUUUUUCUCCCGUCUCAUUUGAUAUUUUUUUUAAACUCAGAAGCAAACAAAUCAAACCUCAUGGCGCAGUAAGACGCAGGCAGCAUCGGCUGGCUGGAGGCUGACGGACCGAGAGCAGAGAGCACUGGACUAGUCAGCCUCUGCCAGGCAACUGCCCAUAUGGCACUAACAAAUUACAAACAAAUCUACUACGACAAUAAACAGCUAAGCAAUCAGAGAGAAUGAACUGAAGUGAAUUUCUGAGCUGUGUUUGGAACUUUAACGUAACACAGAGUAUUAAGUGGAGGGGAGAGGAGGAGGUGCGGCACAUUGAGGGGGGGGGGCAGGGUAGCCUAGUGGUUAAGAGCGUUGGACUAGUAACCGGAAGGUUGCAAGUUCAAACCCCUGAGCUGACAAGGUACAAAUCUAUUGUUCUGCUCCUGAACAGGCAGUUAACCCACUGUUCCUAGGCUGUCAUUAACUGACUUGCCUAGUUAAAUAAAGGUAAAAUUAAAUUAAAUUGACAGGUGGCGAGGCAAGUACUCCAUGCAGAAAGAAGUCUGCCCUCUAGUGGCCGUACCACAGUAUCUCCCCCAUCCCAAUCCUGCUCUCAGGCACUGGGAAAGUAUUGUCAGAAUAGAAUGCUAAAUGCAAUUGUGUUCUAAAAAAACACUGUGUUAAGGGACUCACUCAGCUUAUCUCAUUAUACCUUUGACCCCGUGUGGGUGUAUGAUUAUGAGUCACAUGAGAAUGCACAUGGACUGUUUUAUUGUAUUUAUUUGGAAAUCUGGUGAGGGGUGAAUAGAUGUGACUUGAGGAGAAGCCAUGUAUUAUUACCACAUUGAUGCUGCAGAGAAUACCGGAUUCAAAUCCACAAAAUGGUCGCCCAGCAUCGGCCCGGGACUUCUAUUAGCAAUAAUCACUAUUGAUUUGAAAGCUUUAUGUCGACCUUUGUAUUUGUUUAUAGACUGUGGGUCUAUUUUUGUUUUGUUUAUUAUUUUUAGUUUGGCAAAAAAAAAAUCCUCAGAUAUAUAAAUACGUAUAAAACUGUGAAAUUCUCUGUGUUUCAGAUAAUGGGUGAGUUUUAGGCUUGUUUUGCAUGUAACCCUAAUUUGUUCAAUUAUGGAUGAUUCAUUUUUUCUCUCCAUCUCGCUCUCAGGGUCUUUAUAAAAUGCAUAAUUCAAUACUUCAUUUUCCUGAGUUGCAAGAAGUUCUUACAAGUUCUUUUUUUUUUACGAUUAAAACUGUCAAUCACUACAUUUAGCACUUGACUGUGAACUGCAAUCAGCAGAACAGAGAAAAUGAACUUGUGCAAAAAAUCCUCGUGGUUGAGUGCGUGCUGUCAGCAGGAUUCUUGUUUUAAUACUAUACCCAUUUUUUUGUCUGCUUUUGAUUGAUUAUACAUUUUUACCCCCUCCCUCAAAUUGCAGUCACCUCUCGUUUCAACCUCUCUCAUUUGAAGAGGAAAUCAAAUUGUGACUCUGUAAAAAACCAAUGAAAGUGGCUGUGUCACUGUCUGACGUUCUGGCCCUUUGUGGAACGUUCUGGCCCUCUGUGUCGCUGCUACGGCCACACCAGAACUCACCUCAUAAAUGGGCCUGGAUCAGAACCUUUAUAGUUAGCUACACUGCUCCCCUCCCUCCUGGUAUUACAGUGCUUCAGAAUCAGAAAUGUAAGCUGUUCUGUGUCGAAAAAAUGAAAGCAAUAAAGAUAUAUUAAGGAAAGGUGUGAAUCAAA